GGGUGGGUUGAGGGCUUAGCUUCUCCCGAGUUGCUUUCCUGCAUGCCUACCAGGAAGCUGGGAGGUUGCAAGGGGGCGAUGAGCAGAUGAUGCACUUUUAUUUUCUAGGCGUGGUGACGACGAUCGGACAACGACGAUUCCUAUAACUGUGGAUCUGUAGGUCCGUCGUGAACUCGACCUCUCUGGAGGAGGAAGAAGACUGCGAAAGAGUCCACACCACUUCCGCUUGUCUGCUUGCAGGAUGGGCUCAGCUGGCUUGGCACCACCGAGCGAUCGGCUCGUUGACUAGUUAGUAGUAGUGGCAGACGGACGGAAGGAAGGAAGGAAGGAAGGAAGCACGGAGCAACUGGCCCCAUCAGUGCAAUUCCUGUCGCUUUCAUCAGAUUUUACGUGAAAUGAUAAAAAGCUCACAAGUUUUACGAUCUCCCCCCAUCAGACGAUGACAUCGAGCGCAUAGUCGCUCUUAAACGAGGCCUGGGCUUCUGUACCCACACCGUUGGGUUGAUUCACUUUUGCACACCGGACCUGCUGCUACGGAAAUAUACACACCAAGCUCGCAAGCGAUCGGGCCAGACGAAGAGCUAGAAGAGUAAGAAGAAAGAUAGGCCUCUCUCUCUCAAGUCCUGUACAAACGUUCGAAGGUGACAUUCAGUUAGUGCCGGAAGGCAAUCAAUCAUGACCCGGGAUCCAUCGAGUGCAGAGCUCAGAACACAUGGGAUCUCCAUCGCUGCUAUGAGGACUACGUCUCGUAACUCCUCGGAAGACUCGUCAUGAAUGCCCGUGCUGUGAUUCCAGCGAAUUCAGUCCUGGGCAAUCAAUGACACUCGCUUGGUAACCCCAAGAAUUCACCGCUCGGCCGCUCUCGACUCGCUCUCUAGUUCGCGUCUGCGAGGUCGAGUGAUCUUUGCGGCCACGUCCUGAUCAGGUAAUAUAUCGUUCAGUCCAGGCCUGUGAUCCCCGAAACUCUCGUCAGUCCUACCGAGCUGUGAGCUCAGGGAAGAUUUGGAUGUUGGGAACUCAUGAUGGAGUUUAUUUCUACCACAGCCCGAUCGGUUCGUGAUGUGACAUGCCGUUCCACAACGAGCUGGGGAAGAUCCCUAGCACAAUGAUGCGUCGUCAGGCUGAUCAUGAUUGUAAGGAGUGGUAGCUCGUCAGCUUGAGGAUACGAAACCCAUGCAUAAUAAUACGUGAGCAUUCGGGUCCGAAGCUCGGAAUGUAGAAUCACGAAAGCUGGUCACAAAGUUCGGAAAGUUCCUCCGAGGACUCGAGUGUCAGGAUUUAGCGACAUGGAUUUUCGUGGAGUGCACCACUGACGUGAUUGUACUGGCUGAUCUUCCAGAGCAAGCAGGCAGGUCGAGUCUUCGAGAGGACGGUGUUCUCCGAGACGGGCGCGGCGGCCGAGUGAGUGAGCUUCCGAUCUGACGGCAGCAGCAGCAGCGGCCGCUUGUGAUUAGUGCGAUUCGUCGACGCUGCCAUGAAGACGGUCGAGAAAGGGCCUGCCGGCACCUACAGCCGCCCGGCGUACGCCAGAAGGGGCUUCGUCACCUUCGGAGCCAUAGCUCUGCUGCUGAUAUUCUUCGUGGGAGAGGUGAGCCUCCAGAAGCUGAUGGUUCUCCACACCUGGUCGCUCCAGACGCUGCAAUCCUCAUACUGCAGCUGCCAAUUCGACACGGACGAGGUCAGCAGCAGCAGCAGCUUCAACCAGCAGAAUCGCACGUACCUCAGCCCUCCGCGAAUCAUCCUCACCAAGCCCACGGUGCACGAGGCGUUCGAGAACAAAGUCACGUUCAUCCGCAACAUCAGCUCUCAGACGCCAGCCGGCAAACGAUUCAGAACCUCCAUCGACGAGAAUAAGAAUGUGCACCAGUUCGGGCUGACGACGGUCCGCAAUGUGUGCAUGAGGCCCGACGGCGCCAUCGUGAUGGUGGGCGUGACGGAGGCCGAGAUUCGACGAAACAUUUCUCAAGUUCCCGCUCUGGACCAGGAAUGGAGGUCCAGCUACAACUGCUCGACGAGCGAUGGCUGCGUGGGGUUCGAGACGGCAGAUCAUCUCCCGCCCAAUGUGACGAUGGUGCCCGGCACCACCGUCCACAUUCUGCCAUACCUCGGCAAUGUGUUCCACCAUUUCGCUGACCGAAUUUGGCCGCACAUCGCUGGAUUUCAGUACCCUCUGAACGAGACCAGCGCGCAUCCCGUGAAUCAUUUCAUCGUGCACCGCUUCUCGACCUGGAUGGAUCAAGCUCGCCAUAACAUGGACCGCAACACUCUGAUGUACCAGAUCCGGAUCCUCGGCCGCCAAGCUCCAAAGGCCGAUUUCCUUCUCGUGGACGGGCUCAAGCCCACGGAUCUGGUGUGCUACGAGAGCUUGGUCCUCGCGUGCGCGACGUGUGACAGAAUCAGCAACAAGCUCGGCUUCAACAUCACCAGUCCUGCUCUUCUGGCCUACAGGCACGCAGCUCUCAAUUACUUCCGGGUCCGCGAGCCGGCGGUGCCUCUUCCUCCUCACCCUCUGCGGGUGACUUUCUAUGGCCGACGCGAUACCAAACGGAGACGGAUCGUGAACUCUCAGGAAGUUGUCGAUCAUCUGCGGAAGUGGACGAAUCCUCCACUGGACGUCGUGUUCGUGGACGACUUGAUGGCCAGCGGGAAAUACAAUCAGUCUCUGCCCGAGGUGGUGUCUCUCUUUUCUCAGACGGACAUUUUUAUCACGCCGCAUGGAGCUAAUACCUGGACCUCUUUGUUCAUGCCCAAGCACGCAGCGGUGAUCGAGAUCUAUGGGCCUUGUGGUCCCAGUACGUGGCUGGGGACCAUCGUUCAGGCUGUCGGUCUGAAGCAUUCGACCAAGACCAAUCCGUAUGACAAAAUCAUCGCUUCUCCUCUGGCCGGGAACACCACGGAAUGCGAGGGCGCGUUGAGAACUCCCGACUUUACCAUCGACAUUGCCAAGCUCGACAAUGCCAUUCACAAGCUGGCGCUUCCCAUGUUUGGAAGCCGUGACAGAAUACCUCGUCACUGGCUCUACGAUUGGACUUCCCAUGGAGAGUACCAAGAACACGAACAACAACAAGCCCGUGUACCUCAUGUUCACCUGCAAUAACGCUCAUCUCGUUAUCGACGACUCGUUUUGUUGUAAAAUGUCAUUUAGCUUCAGCUCUUAGUAGCUUGAGAGAGAUAGAUAGACAAGUACACGUCAAACUAGAGCAGUGAAUAUAGAUGGCCUUCUCCGGAAGUGAUUCAGAUCGAUCCUUGUUCCAGCGAAGUGGCCUCGGAUUGUUUAGUUAGUUUCACAUGAUCUCAUAUCUCUUCAAGUUGCAGGUGUGCCUUGUGAGCUUGAGUUGCGAGGCUGAUAUCUUGUUCCACGAGCUCGUGUGGAGUUGAAGUAAUUCUCUUCCACGCAGAUGAGCGUUCACCUUACUGUUACCCGGUAGGACUGCCUCCUAUGUAAGGCUGACCAUCGAAGAAAUGAUGGUUCCUCCCAGGUCUCCAAACGCCAAUGUGUCUCGAGAGCUGCUUGAGCUCCGGAUGCACGAGUUUUCAGGGAGAUUCCUAUGCUGACGGAGCAGCCUUUUAAUGAGUUUUCCUCGCUCAGAAUGAUCCAUCCUCUGGCCUUAGAUUAUAGUGUAGUUCUUUCCAGUUGAUUUCUCUUGAGUUCAUGAACCUAUUGGAUUCACAUGUCUAUAAAACUCUAAACCCUGCCUCCUCCAC